GAGGGCCCACAGGUAAUUACAAUCAAGGAUCUAGACCACGCACUCCGGACGCUUGGACGCCAAUGCACGAAGAAGCAGCUCGAGUACAUGAUCUGGGAAGUCGAUGAGAAUCUGGAUGGCGAGAUCGAUUGGAAUGAGUUUAAGAUGAUGUACCAUCGCAAUGUCACAGAUGAGACUGGUCUCGAGCCCUUCGAGCUGUUCAAUAUAGUCCAAUUCAUGACUUACCUCCCAUCCCUCAAAAUAGACAAAGACUUCAAAGCACAAAUUACUGAGGAUGAUACCAUGUCAACCCUCUUCGCCCGAUAUGGC